AUCUGCAUCGUCUGUCCCUGCAGCAUCCCCGCUGCAUAUCGACCCAGUCCGCCCCCUUCUGCCCACCGACCCUUUGGCGCUGCUGGUCCUCUCUCUUUCUUUCUCUCCCAUCCUUACCCCCGCCCUCUUUGGCCAAAAUCGCCUCCACGGUCUCCUUCAUUGCCUCGCCCGUUGCUGCCGCCAUGUCCUUCAUCGGAUCUUUCUUCGGUGGGGGCAGCGCCCACUCAAACCCGAGGCAGCAAUCCUCCGUCACCUCCAUCUCGGGCUAUGCCGACGACGACUGUGACGUCCACGAAUCGGAUGUCCGGCGGCCAAUGCUCACCGAGCCCGAGCUGGACGAGCUCGUUGCCCACACUCUAAUCAAAGAAUGCGGUGUCGAUUUUGAAUCGCGGCCGGUUCUGGCCGUCUACGCCUGCUAUCUUCCCGACCAACGCUCUGCCGAUUACAAUAUGCUGCUGGACAAGGCCAUCCGUCGCCUGACGGAUUUUGUCAAGAGCGAUUACAUCGUCGUCUUCUUUUCCUCUGGAGCAAAGCACCAUCCCGCUUGGUCCUGGAUGAUCAAGGCGUAUCAGAAAUUAUCGCGCGACUAUCGGAAGAACCUCAAGAACCUAUACAUUGUCCAUCCCACCAUGCUCGCCAAGCUGAUGAUGCGGACCCUUGGCGCCUUCAUCAGCUCAAAGUUCGCCGCCAAGAUCGUUUGGGUCCCGAACUUGACGCACCUCUCGAGCUAUGUUCCGAUCGCCCAGCUCCAGAUCCCUGACGUUAUUUACGAGAUCAACUACACACUCGAAGAGACGCCUGCAUCCUCAUCACGCCAUCUCGAUCGAGUCGAUCUCGUGCGCCGAAGUGUGGAUUUGUCUCCACACAUGUCCGCCAACUCCCACCGGGUCUUUGGCGUUCCUUUGCAAGAGCUGAUGGGUCAAGACGGCGAGAAGGGUUUGCCGAUUGUUCUGGGAGACUGCAUCGAGUUCUUGAUCACGGAGGGGCUGGAGGAAGAGGGUCUCUUUCGACGAUCGCCCACCUCGUCACAUCUGCAAGAGGCCAAGCGCAGCUACGACCAAGGCGGCGAGCGGUUCGAUUUCCACAAGACUGGCGGCGUCCACCUGGCUGCGGUCCUGAUCAAGCUGUUUUUCCGUGAGCUCCCGGAGCCGGUCUUUCCCCCGUCCAUGUAUGACGCCAUCAGGCCAGUCGAAGCCCUGACCCAAGAUUCCGAGCGCAUCCGAUUCAUCCGAUCGACCAUCAUCCAGCUGCUACCCAAACCAACGGUGCUUGCGAUCCGUCACGUCUUUUACCUGCUUCUCCUCGUGCAGCAAAAUGCCGCAAAGAACUUGAUGACAGCGACCAACUUGGCGAUCGUGUUUGCUCCCAACUUUGUGAACGGACACAACCCCAUCGUCGACUUUUCCAUCGCCGCACACGGCACGGGCGCCGUCGGCAUCUUCACCAAGCUCUCGAUCGAGCACUAUGACGAAGUGUUUGCGCAGUAGUACCCAAGCCACCGGUCUGUUGUCCCGCUCAGCGACAAGUGGGAGGUGGAGAGAGAGGUGCUUUUUUCUCUGUAGAAUACACAGCUACUGCAUGGUAUC